UUCGCUUUCGUGUUCCCCAGUGUAAGGUUCAACCCAUUGAGUCUUUAAUAUCAGAACAUCACGUGGCAAAGAGAAACAAAAAAGCCGAUUACGAAUGGGUGUCGCCAGCAGCAGCACAAACACACACAUUUGGCACUGACGCGGAGAGUAUCGGCUGCAGAAAACAAACAGGGUUCGCUUCAGGAAGUUUAUUAACUUGGCGUAAAGGGUAGGAGCAAGUCCCAGACACCUACCAUGAAGGACAGGCUGGAGGAGCUGAAGAGAGCAGCGGAGGACAAUUUCACGGAGAGUAUUGUUGGUGGAAUCGACAACCCAACAUUUGAAGGGACAGAGUCCAACAGGUUGAAUGGAUUUUUUGAAGACAUUUCAGCUGUUUCUUCAAACCUCACCAAACUGGAGAAUCUAGUCCAGAGCAUCCAGAAGAAGCAAGCGGGGGUGCUGUGCGGGACUGCGAAAGCGAGCAUCUACAACAAGAAGAAACUUAUGAAAUAUUCCAAAUGUGAGUUGACCUGUGAGGCCAAGAUCAUCCAGUCGCAGCUGAACAGGAUGAGGGGUGUCCUGACUCGCAAGCGGCAGGAGGCACCCUUCUCGGUUGAGUACAGGAUUCACCAGAGCCAGUACAAUGCCUUGGUGACUCGCUAUCACCACAUACUAACCUCGCACCACACGAUGGAGAUGGAAUACGUGGACAAGUUGAAGCAGCAGAUUACGCGGCAGACUCAGUUGGCUGGCUUGCAGUUGCAGGAGGAGGACGUGGACCGCUUCGUGGAGGACCUUGACGCUCCACAGAUUGUUGGGCAGGAUCUGGAGGUCCACAAAGCCAAGGAGCACUUGGCCGCCGCCCAGGAGCGCCACAAACAGCUUCUGGAACUGCAGUCGCAGAUAGCUGAACUUCACCAACUCUUCCUGCAGUUCGAGGUACUGGUGACUGAGCAACAAGAAGUGGUAAACAGCAUUGAAUAUAACGUGGAGCACACUGUGGACUACAUCACACAGUCCGCAGACGACGUUAAAAAAGCAAUAAAGUACCAGAAGAAAUCUCGGGUAAUUGCUGCAGCCGCAGCCGUCAUUGGGCUGUGUGCCUGUGUUCCCUGCAUUGCAAAGUUAUCUUCUUAAAAAAAGAGGUCGUGGCUUUACAAAAGGACCUAGUCCCAUGCCCAAAGGAGAAAAUUGCGAUCUCCACCACGACUAACCGUGUUGCAGUAUUUUUUGUCAUCAGCUUUCUGUGCAUCGAUUGACUUCUCGAGAUUAUUUCUGCAGCUGAAUUUGCUGAAGACAGGAAUGCGUUUGUGCAGUGGGCCUCUGCGAGUGCAUUUCAGGGGGUGUGGGCCAGGGAGUCUGCCUCGUCUAUAUCGUAACCCUGAGAACUUUCCAACUAUUCAGGGGUGUGCCAACAUUAACCAAGGGAUUAACAUUAAUAGUUGGAGUUUAAAGGAAGUAGGUGAGAAUAUUAUUUCAAAAUUUUCUCAGCUCAGGCACCCACUUCUUUAGAGUGGAUGGGUAAUCGCACACAGCUGUCCUGUCCGAGAACAUUGAGAGGGGGAAACCAGAGAGAAGUUGCCAUCGCACCUGCUGAAAAAUUACUGGAGAGUUUUCAGUUGAUCAACGAACUGGCAUGGAUUUUGUAAAGAGCGGGUCGUGUUGAAGGAAUCCAAAUGUUUUGAAGAGAUUCCUAAUGUAUUGAAAUGGAUUUCCGGAAAGUUACCCGCAUAUGAAUCUAGUGCAAUUCAAGGCAAGUUAACGAACAAGUUAAAGAUUGAGCAGAGCAAGAGGAAUUGGAGAGCAAGAAUG